CGCCUCUCACAGGUCUGCUAAGAGAAAGGGGCGAAAAUCAAAAGAACCCACUGACCUCUCUCUCUACCAGUCUAUUCUCUCUUCCUUCUCUGCGGAUGUCUCCUCUGCGAACACCCAAUAUUACCACACUAAAAUCAACAACUCUCCUGACCCUCGUACACUCUUUAAAACCAUUUCUGCUCUCCUUUGCCCGCCUACCCCCUCACCUCCAGCUGACGACUUUGCAUCGUUCUUUGUAAAGAAAACGAGCACCAUCAGCAAUCAAUUCUCUGUGCCACCGCCUAUGGACCACAGUCAAUCCCCAGACACAUGCUUUUUCCCCUCGUUCUCUCUCCUAUCUGAAGAGGAAGUUUCCAAGGUAAUUUCUUCUAACCACCCGACUACCUGCCCUCUAGAUCCCAUCCCCACCCAUCUUCUCCAGGCCAUCUCUCCAUCGGUUGUCCCCUCUCUGACUCACAUUAUCAACUCGUCUCUCACCACUGGCACAUUUCCUACACUCUUCAAAGAGGCCCGUAUCACCCCACUACUAAAGAAGCCUACUCUUAAUCCUGCACUGUUAGACAACUACAGACCGGUAUCCCUACUUCCCUUCGCUGCUAAAACUCUAGAACGUGUUGUAUGUAACCAGCUCUCAUCCUUCCUCACCCAGAACAACCUCCUGGACAGCAACCAGUCUGGGUUCAAGAGCGGUCAUUCCACUGAGUCUGCGCUGCUCUCUGUUAUUGAAGCCCUGAGACUGGAAAGAGCUUCCUUUAACCUAUUUUCUGGCAUCGGCCCGCAGACGGGCCGUCAUGGCGUUUGUGGGCGUGUCUACGUUUUUUAUUUUACUUUGUUUUACAUUAAUUUUCGAUCAACUAUCAUAAACUAUGCAUCAUUUUAAAGCUAAAACACUCAAGAUUCGUGUUCUGAACUUGUUUUUGUAAUCAAAACACCAGAGAGGAAAGGGUUAAAUAAAAAGUGGAAGGACCGGCCUUUCAAACAUAAACAAAAUAAACGGCACUACUUAUCUUUCAACUCCUUUGGUUCGGAUCAGUUCGGACGAAUCCAAAAAAAAACACCAUACAUCUCCUUAUAAGGGUCGUCUUUGAAUGUGCAUACCACUGUUUCAUCCAAAACAAUGAACAAAUUGAAAAAAACUCAAAAGAUUCCACUUUGUUUGCAUACGCGUUUCGAGUCAACGUCCAUUUUCGUAUAAAUAUUGAUUUUGAUCCGUUCAAAAUCAUUUUUUUCUCGUAAUCUACUAUCUUCUGAACAAAAUACGCCCAUUCACGUCUCUUUUCUUCAAUCACAGACUUUGCGAUCAUUCAAAACACCCAGGGUGCCUUACCGGCCCACAGAGGUGUCAGUCAGGCCACCUUGGUGUUUGACUGGGUAAACCCAUCCAAUGCCUGGCCAGAAAAGUUUUGACGAAUGGGUGUAAUAUCCAACUAUUUGGGGAUUACAAUGAUUGGCCAUUUGUGAAGUUUACGUAAACAGAUUUGGAGAAUAUCACGUGCGCAAACAUACCGUGCAUCGGUGCGCUACCACCGUGCAUCGGUGCGCUCACAGCGCUAUCGCCAUUUUAGGCCCGCUAGUACAGAGAACAACAUCGCUUCGCUGCACGGAGCACAUUUUAGUGAACGGAUUUCUUCAAAGUCUACACCUGAACCUCUCAACCAUGGAUCGUCGACCACAGACGAUGUAUUUUGAUGUUGAAAGUGCUUUGGAGGAGAUCAUGAGGAGCAGCGACGAAGAGCAGCAGAAGGAAGCGGAGACAUGCGUCUCCGACAGAGAUAGUUCGGGGUCGAGCGUCGAUUCCCUAGAAGACGCCAUGUUUGGUGAUGGACUUGAUCCCGUGUUAGAUCGGCCUUCAAAUGACACAGAUGAGGACUGGUGUCCAGAGUCUAGUGCUGAGCUCCGGAAGAGAUCACGGCAGCCAUCGUCAUCAUCUGGAACUACAUCAUCUGCAUCUCCAUCUGCUGCAGCUGCAAAUGGUACAGGUAAAGGGAGGACGAGAGGGGGGCGGGCGAGAGGGGGGCGGGCGAGAGGGGGGCGGGCGAGAGGGAGGAGGGCGAGAGGAGGGCGGGCGAGAGGGGGGAGAGGGAGAUGGAGCCAGUCAGUGCAUGCUUUGUCCCCCAGCACCUCACAGGAGAAAUGGCACAACGUGGAUGAGGAUGAUAAAGAGCCUCCCCAACCUGUGUUUAGGCCUGCUCGUACUCCUGGGCCACAGCUGCUAUUUACUGCAUCAUACACAGCACUGCAGUUGUUUCAGCUGUUCUUUUCUACAUCUGUGCUGCAGACCCUCAUUCACAACACGAAUGCCUAUGGUGCUAAACUGAAUCAGGGAAGAGACAAGCCAUGGCAUAACAUCUCCGGGGAAGAUUUUAAGUCUUACUUGGCGCUUGUUGUAUACAUGGGUCUUGUUAAGGUCUUUACCUUGACUGAUUAUUGGAGGAGGUCCACGAUAUACAGUCUUCCCUUUCCUGCUCAGAUCAUGUCCUGCAGGAAGUUUCUGACCAUCACAUCUGCUCUUCAUCUUAGCGAUCCUCAGGAUGAUGAAGAAAAUGAAGAGAGGAAGGGUACAUCAGCCUACGACCGCUUGGGGAAGAUCAAGCCUCUCUAUAACAACAUUAGGGAUGCCUGCAAGACUUUCUUUCAUCCACAUCAAAACAUCUCCAUAGAUGAGAGGAUGGUGGCAUCCAAGGCAAGGUCUGUACUCAAGCAGUACAUGAAGAACAAACCCACCAAAUGGGGUUACAAGCUUUUUGUUUUGGCAGACUCCCUGUGUGGCUAUACUUGUGAGUUCUUCGUGUAUGAGGGCAAGUCAAUGCAGUCUCGGAAUGGGCUGAGCUAUGAUUCAGUUAUGGCACUUGUGGAUGAAAAAAGGUUGGGCGCUGGUUACAAGUUGUAUGUUGACAACUUUUACACCAGCCCCAUGCUUUUCAGAGACCUCCUCUCUAAGAAGAUUUGGGCAUGUGGCACCAUACGUCCGAACAGGAUCGGUUUCCCAAAGACCAUCAGAAACCGACUGCCACGGAAUGCUUCACGAGGGUCCAUUAGAUGGCUUAGAGAAGAUGAGCUGUUGUUUGUGGAAUGGAAAGACACCCGGGAAGUGCUGAUGUGCUCCACUUUCCACAAAGCAUAUGAAGGUGACACAGUGAAAAGGAGGGUGAAGGCUAACGAUGGGCAGUGGUCUCAAGUGCAUGUGCCUAUUCCCGGUGCAGUGCUGGAUUACAACAGGUUCAUGGGGGGAGUGGACCUGUCUGAUGCCCUCAUUGGAUACUACAAAGUGCUCCACAAGACACGGAAGUGGUACCGUACGUUCUUCUAUCACUUUGUCGAUAUUGCUGUUGUCAACGCUUUCAUUUUGCAUCAGCAUCUGGCCAGAGCAAGGAACGAAAAACCCUUGACACAGAAAGCAUUUAGGGAAACGCUCGUUCUGGAACUUGCAGGCUUGAAAUCACGCACUGCUGCCCCUCAGACAUCUGAUGUUGGUCGCCACAACCCAAAACACAUCACGGACGACACCACUUCUGGACGACGAAAGUGCAGACUGUGUCAUCAGAAGACACCAGUGAUGUGUGCAACAUGUGAGGUGCCACUGUGUUUUUUGCCUAAACGGGACUGUUUCAAUGACUGGCAUGUGCAGACUGGAAAAUACUAACCAUCAUUGUUUGAAUGAUUCUUUUAUUUUUACAUUGUUCAGUUUAUUCAAAACUAAUACUUGUUCCAGAAAUGUUUCCUAGUUUAGGUCAGAGCCUUGCAUAAUUUCCAGUUCCGAGGAGGAAUGUGAAGGGAUAGAAGCAAUCGCUUCUUGAGACGGUAAUGGUCGAGUACGCACUCACACGCACACUUAGAUGACUUGUAAAUUUUCAUCCUGUUUGUGAGCUAUUGUGUUUCCAUUAUUCCAAAAUAAAAUGUUUAUAGAUUUAAUCUGUUAGGACUUUGUUGUUGGUUUUGGUUGUUUGCUCUCGCUCUCUUUUUCCCUCUGUCUCCCUCUUUUGCAGUAUGAGUCCUUGGCCUUACUGAAUCAAAUGUGACAUGCUGGUGUGAGGCAGUACACUCUGUAAUGGCUUGGGUUUCCAGUUUGUUAGAGAAGAAACCUCCUUAGUGACUGCCUUGAUCAACAUGUCUCCCUGCACUUUGUAAAUACUGUAAAUAUUUUAGUUUUUCAGUUAUUGUAUAUUUUCUAUAUAAUAACUAGAAGUUUACUGUAGAUUUGAGUAAAAAAUUAUUGUUACAA